UGUCACCGUUACAAUAAUUUCAAACUCCAGACCGGUUUCUUACUUCCUUUAUCAUAAAAAAGUUUUUAAAGUCGUUCGCUUUACGUAUAAAAAUGUUUGCAACUUCUAAUGAAAAAUAUGAAAAAUUUAAGCUAUCACCACCUAGCUACUUAAGAGAAUUAACUUUAGAAGAAGGUGACGUUCUGUUAAUUUAUAAAAAAAUUGAUCCGCAGAUGGAACCAUGUGGUUCACCACGAAAUGAAGAGGAUGAUAAUUCUUUAGACUUAACAGGAAAUCCACUAGAAGUGGAUUUAAGUGCUGGCGAUGCUAGCUUGAAUAUAUCCUCAAUUGAUUAUGAAGAUACGUGGCUACCAGAAGAACUAUCUUUCGGAGGUUUAGAUAGGGCUACAAUUUUAGGUAGCGUAAAUUCUGAAUUAAUGCGAGGCGAAUUCAAUUUGAACAUUUAUGCAUUAUGUGAUGGAAAAAAUAAGAAAAAAAUUGUUCUACAAGGAGCAAAGCAAACCAAAACUAAUUUCAUUAGAUCGCAAGUAUUUAUUUUGGAUUGUUGUGGGAUGAGUGAAAGAAAUGAGAGGAUGAUGUAUUUACAAAAUGAACAUUUAAAAGAAUUUAGCCCAUCGGUUGAUUCGCAGUUAAAAACAUCGGUUUUAAUUAAGAGUACUCAUAAUUUGUAUGGCUCCGCAAAAUCAUUGUCAUUAAAAUCACGUUGUUCUGCAUCAAUCACUUGUAACGUUGAGUGGUCAUCUUUUCAUUAUGAUAUUCCAGACUGGGUUGAUUCAAUUAACUUGACAAUUAAAACAGUUAUUGGUCAUGAAGGAUCGGUGCUAAAUCAAUACUUUAAAGAGUUGAACCACCUAAAAUGUUUAAUCAAUCUAAUAACAAAAUCAAAUUCUGAUAUUCUUAGUGUUACAUUAAAUGAAUCAUCGAAACCCCAUGCCGAGAUACUUCAUGAUUUUGGAACAAUUUUUUCAAAAUCGUGUCCCAUAACUAAAUCAGAAGACAAUUUAAAUUUUGAAAAUUUACGUAAUAACGAAACUUACAUAACGGAUAUUGUAUGGAAUCUUUUUAUUCAAUGUGAAACUGUGGAAGAGUUACAACUCACAUUUCAAAGUUUAUUAGAAGGUUUUGUCUCAGCAAUUUAUAGGGCUUGUCCAUUUCAUUUUUCAGAUUUAGAAUUGAGUAUGAUUAAAAAAAUCCUAAGUGAAAUAUCAUCAAAGGGGAAAUUAGGAGUACCAACUUUAACUCCGAUUCUAUCAUUAAAGUUAUUAAUUGAUUGUGGAUUUGAAAAAUUGAAAAGGGAUUAUUCUUGCGUUUUAAUACGUUCUAAUUGUUUAAGAGAAUACGAAAUUAAACAAUUAUGGGAAAAUUCCAUAAAAGAUAUGAAUGGUAAAGAUUCAAAAUUAACUUCGAGAUUUGCUGUCAUGAAACUCAACACGAACUCCAACAUUGAAUGUAAUUUAGAUGAGACCUUUCUGCCAUUUGUUGAUGCUUUAAAAAAAUACCAAGCAUUAAUGUCGAUGCAUGUGGCCUGUGAUGUGUUAGCUUUGAGUUUAAAAUUUUCUAGUUUAUCAAGUUUAAAUGCAAAUAUCAAACAUAAAUUAUUAAAGCAGGAAAUUAAGGUUACCUCAAAUAACCCUCUAUUUGAGAUAGGAUGUAGCUUGGACAAGAAUUUUCUUAAAUACAUAAAAGAACCCACUAAUUUACACAUCAAAUUUACUUCAUCGAUUAGAAGGGAUACUACUGAAACUACUUUUUAUCAUACAACAAGUAAAUUAUUUCCUCCAACACUUUUUGAUGACUAUGAACCUUUUGAAGCACCACACUACUACGUCACUAAAAUGGUGAAAUAUGAUACCAAACUAAUUUAAUUUAAAUUGAAAUAUUUUGGUUAAAUAAGCGUUAAGUUUUUGUUUAACAU